UCCUGGUAAGUCCCAACAUGAGUAUCUCCCCAAUAAAGUACGAAUCGAAAAUCUUAAGCAAUUUGGCAAGCAUGCUAAAGCUUAGCGAAAAAACAGACAAAGAAAUAUGGAACGAAAUAAAGGAAGAGAAGGAACAUAUAAAGUUCGAGAUUGACGAAGACAUAAAGAAGGUCAUCGAUGUUAACAAAAUUAACUGUACAUGUGAUGAAUCAAAAAAAAAAAUAGAAGAAUAUAAAGGGAAGAAGUUUGAAUAUUAUUAUAAUGUGGAGACAUAUGGGGUCGAUUUUUUCCUAGACAUAUGCAAUGCUCUAGGAAGGGCUAACUACAAACCAUUUCUAACAGAACAAGGGAAAAAAGAAGUUAUGAAUGGAUUAAGAAUUAGAAGAAAUUCGAAUUUGUAUAAGUAUGUCUCCUUUUUUUUAAGUAAAGAAAGACUAAAUAAGGACAGAUUAAAUGAUGGAAAAACACCGGAAAAUAUCUUCCACUGUUUUAAGUGCCUAAAAAGUGUACUACAUAUAUAUGUGGAUGAUCAAAAUAAUCGAAAGAGGAAAAUGUAUCUACAGGAUAACCUAUACAUCACAGAAGAGAUGGAAGAAAAAAUGGAAAACGAUUUACUUAGCGAGAAUCAAAAAAAUAGUAAUGUAAAUCCUCCCAACUUUAGGGACGGAAUAAUAGCUGUCAGCAGAUACAAAGCGGAGUUAGCCUCCAUAACUAGGAAAUCAAAUGAAAGAAUUAUUAAAACUAUUUUGGGUCAUUCGAAGGAUAUGCAGAGUGGAAAAAAUGACAGAGAACUUCUCUCCAGUAGUAACACCCAACAUAUAGGUAAAGACUCCUCCAUUAACGGGGAUAACCACUCGAGUAGUCAUCACCAAAAACUGAACAGAAGUAAUUCCUUCGAGGAAAACAAGCGUUACAAAACAUCAGACUUUUUCGACAAACACGAAUUAAAGCAUUUUAGCGACUCCGCCAACAGUUUUUCCAAUGACGCAGAUGCAAAAAGUACACACAAAAAUGCGCAUAGUAAAAAAGUGACCAACUUGAAAAAUAACUCCGUGACAAAUAAUUUGAUACAAAAAAAUGUACCUGCGGGAAACUUAUUUCUGAGCAAGAACAGGGAAAGACAAGGGCAGAAGGUGCAAACCAGCAGGAAAAAUAGACACAGCACCAGUUCGAGUAAAAAAUCGGGCUCAGUCAAGAAUAAGGACCCAGGAGAUAUGAUGAUCUCGGUCGAUGCGGGUGUGAGCGGCGUGGCCGUGCCGGGGGGUGAUCCCAAGGGGGGAAGUAAACCCGAUGUGGAUGGUGCCCAAUGUGAAGAGGCCCAAUGUGAAGAGGCCCAUUUUGAAGAGGCCCAUUUUGAAGAGGCCCAAUGUGAAGAGGCCCAAUGUGAAGAGGCCCAAACGGAUGCCCCCGCGUUGGAAGUGAUCGUGCAGGGGAAUGAACCUCCUCAGGAGUUGAUUCAAAGUGGAGCCGUGCAACACGCCAAAUGGGAUAAGAAGUUGAAUGGAGAGGGGGAACGGCGCAGAUUAACAGAGAAGCACGCGAUAAGCCCAGCCGAAACGAAGCACGCGAUAAGCCCAGACAAAACGAAGCGCGCGAUAAGCCCAGACAAAACGAAGAUGCUCACCGAGGAAGACGAACUAAACUUGAAAGACGCCGCUUCGGACGAAGCUGACAAGGAGAGUCACCAAUAUGACGUGUAUCAAAAAACGUCCCUCGUGAAAAACACAUCCAAUGGGGAAGAGGACUAUGACUUCAACGGAAGCGAUGACGCGUCCUACUCCACCGAUGAUUCGAAUUAUAAAAGGUACAUGACGAAGAAGAAGACAAAACUGCAACAAGAAGGAAAAAUAGUUAUCGACCUGAAUAUACUAAACGGAAAUACAAUCAACGCAUCGGAAAAAAAGGAAAAGGAAGAACAAAUUAAGGAAAAAUACAAAGAGAGAUGUCAAGAAAAGCACCAAGAAAGGAUAAGAAUGGAUACAAUAAGGAAAAACUUAGAAGAGAAAAAAAUGAUUUUCUGCAAAAUAGAAGAGGUAGCAAAAAGGAGAAAUAAAAGACAUGUAAAAACGCAAGUUUUGUCGGAAGACUCCAAAAUCGAGAGAGCUUAUUUUAGUCAUAAAAUGAAAAAAUUUUAUAAUUCAAAGUCCGGAUAUUUUGGUUGUGGCUGGUCCAAUAACAGAACUCAGUGGACUCCAUUUAUCCAUGCCCCCUUUUUUGAUAACCACCAUAAUACUAUAUAUAAAAAUAGGAAUAAAAAAAUGUACGAAGAAAUAUACGACACUUUGUUACAUGGGAGGAUCCACCCGUCUGUUAGAAUUGUUGAAUUGAAGGACCACAAGCAUCCUGUGCGCUUGUGCACUCCGUAUUAUGAAGAUUGCUAUUCAGUCGUUUACACGGGGAAAAAAAUCCUCGCAUCGGAUGAUCGGGUCAUUUUUGGCGAGUACACUGGUUAUGUGGCGAACAACAGGGAGCUGUCGCAGGAGAAGCACCAGUACACGUUCGCCCUAUCCUUCAACAAGAAAGUUUUUAACGAUAGAAAGAAUGUCGUUUUUAUUAACGAGAUUGAGUCGGACGAGGAGGAUGCCUUGAAAGGGGGCAGUGUUCACGAGGAUGAAGCGAAUGGGAGCAUCGCCCAGCGCAAUAGAAGCAAACAUUGCGAAUAUACGACCAAGUUGAGGAGCGAAGAAACCUGUUCGAAUGAUGAGCAAAUAUGUCAAGAAGCAGCUCUUAGCAACGGUGGUAUAAAUACAAAAGGGGGAGGAAGUCCCACCACCAAUUUGGCUACACCACAAUGUGAAAAAUCGACACAGAGUUACACCAAAGAGAAGAAAAAAUCUAAGGGGUUGAAUAAUAAGAUUAUCCUACCAGAUAAUUACACUUACGCUGUGGACUCGUCCUACAUGUUCAACGAAAUGUCGCUAGUUAAUCAUUACAAAACAUGUGCCAUUUUUAACAAUUACGAUUUUAGGAUAAACGCAGAGUGGCAAUUAGUUUACCUUGAUGGGUGGCCACACAUCAUUCUCACAUCCAUCCCAGGAGUAGAAAUAAACACAGGAGAAGAAAUUUUCGCGGAUUUUGGCUUUGAAUGGUUCGAAAGGGUUAACGAUAUCUGUCUGAAUGAGUUUAUUAAAAGUAGCUAUGCAUACAGAUUGAGCAAGUUAAACCUUUGUAAAGAAAAAAUUUUCACCGGAAUAGAUGACAUAGUGGAGAAAUACAACCUGAUAAAAAAUCACACCACGUGCAACAUAUGUAUGCAUAGCGUCAACACAGAUAUUAGUAACGGGUUUAUUUCUUGUUCGGGUUGUAAUCAUAUCUAUCACCUAACAUGUGUGCAAAAAUUAAAUGCAGAAGUGAACGAGAAUUACGAUUGGUUCUGUACAAGUUGUAUCAAAUUCUGCAUCAAUGUGCUGAAUCAGGAAGAGUUCUUGUCCUACCUAGAAAUGGAAAACCACAAACAAUUAAUCGACCUUUUUAGUGAUAUGUGUGUAGAAAAUUCAAACAAGUUAUCCAAGUUGUUAGCCCCACAAGCAAACGAUAAUACUCCCGUAUGUCACACUGACGAGAAGGACACAAAAGGAGUGACUAGCAACCCUAACUGUGCUAAGCAGUAUGACAAAAUACGAAAAUUACUACGGUGUAGGGAAAAUAUUAUCGACUUGGUGAAGAAUAAAGAGAUAAUUAGCUCCUACUUAGAGAGCACCGAAAAGGAAAUGAACUCUCUAGAUAAUACAGAAGAAGGGGAAGAUUUGUCCUUUAAGAAAGACGAAAUGAAGAUUCUACUGCAAAACAGCUUUGAACUCCAUCUUCUUGUUGAGUAUAAAAAAAAAAUCGAUGAUUUACUGGUAAGCAGGGAGAAGGUAGACACCUUCGUCAAUGACGAAAAGGCCCAAAACACCAUGCAGUUGAGGAAAAAAACCAUAAACUACUUGCUACAAAAUAGGAAAUAUAUAGAAAAGCUUGUCGACUCUAUUGAACAAGGCACUCCCAUUGUGUUUCCUCACAAGGAGCGAACUAUCUGUACAAAGGUAACAAGUGACCUCAUAGUUGCACACAAGGAGGAGGUUCACUGUUCGGAAGAGGACACUACAUUGAAGGGACUCAAGGAAGAAUUCCCGCAGGAACAUAACCUCGGAAUACAAAAAUGUGACCCAAGUUUUAGUAGGGGGGAAAGCCCCCGUUCAGGCUCUACCGAACAUACGAAUGGCAGCUUUUCCAACUCGUACGAAACGAUUUUAUAUAACAAGUCCAACGAUGUUGUGAAGAAUUUAAAAGAGAUAAAAAAAGGUACCCCCUCUGGCGGUGUAAUAAGUGAUGCACUUAACUGUCCAACAUCCAGCAGCAGCAACACGGGUGGCAACAAAAACCUCUGCUUCAACAACAUGAUGAAGUUGAGCAAGAAGAUCUUAGGAUUCCCCUUGUUAACAGAUUUCGAAAGGGGAAUGAGCACCAACCAGCCAUGUCUUCCCCUAAGCGAUCACCUAAAAAGACUCUCUGUGUGCACCGUUUGUUAUAGCAAGCAUAAUGACUUGGCUAAGGCCAUUAUAUGUAGAGUUACCAAGAUGCACUUUGAGGCUAACUACAAUGACGCAUUGAGCGAAGAAGACAUGUUUAAGACGUCCAGCGAAUGCAUCCAAUCGGUUAUUCGUGAAUUGGCGAACACGAUAAAGGAGUACCGAAAGAGGGAGCUGAGCGGUGCGUACGUACAGGAGGUGGAACGUAGCGGGAGUAGCAGCUAUAGGAGCUGCAGCAGCAGCAGUUAUAGCAGUCGUGGUGGGAGUCGCGGCGGUAGUCGUGGCGAGAUCAACGCCGACAGCGCGGGAGCCCCAUUAGCUGACGACCAUAACGACAUCGGCGCAGAAGCUCAUUCACCCAGUUCCAUCUCUAGUCCGAGAAAAAUAGUGGACCCAGUCAGUUCCAGCGGAAAACUUCCACCGCAGAAACCAUUUUAUGACAUGAUGAGCGACCCUCCUUGUAAUGACAGGCGCCAAGGGGAUACAAACAACCCCGUUGAGAAUAAUACACCUCCCCUGUUAUGGGACAACAAAAUGAGUUAUACGGACGAUUAUACGGUUAAGAGGGGGGAAAUGAAUUCCACGCUGGGUAAACGCCCUCAUGAAGAAGAUGACAAAGGUAGCAGUAAGAAGAAAUUGAAGCUUCGUACGAAGCCGUCUAACAACGUGAUCGGUGGAGAAAUUGGCGAUUCUUUAAAAGGGGGAACGGGCAAAUCGGAAAAUAUGGACAAGGGGGAAGCACAUGACGGGGGAAGCAGCGGUGGUAGUUGCGCAGCUCAGGGGGGAACAGAUCAUCACCCGCGCAGUGAUCCAUGCAGUGAUCCAUGUAGAGGUCCCUGCAAUGAUCCAUACGCUGACCCGCAUGCCGAUCAGCACGAGCAUCGCAGCAAAGAUGAGAACCAGAAAGGGGACAAAAGUCACAUCUAUUUUGCAGGCGAAAAUUUGGGCGGCACAAAGGAAGCGCCGAGUAACAAAAAGGGGGACUAUGUCACGUUGGAAAAUAUUCCCAAAGCGAGUAAUUUCAUUCCGCUCAUGGGUGUUGAACUUGGGAAAACAAAAAUUCAGAGGGAAUUUACAAAUGGAACUUAUGUAGGUACAGUUACGGAACAAAUAAAGGACGAAAAUGGCAAUCCAUUUUUCGUUGUUACGUAUGAUGAUGGGGACGCGGAAUGGAUGACGCCCUGCUUCCUAUUUCAAGAAUUGCUAAAGCAGUCAACAAACAGUGUGGACUAUCCGUUAGCGACUACGUUUAAGGAGGUAUUUAACCCGGAAUUUAAAAAGGACUUAAAAUUAAACAAUUGUUCCCUCGAAUUAAAAAUUGAAAGACGAAAGAGGAAAAGCAAUUGUGAAAGUGCUAGCAACAAUAACAGUGUCAGCAAAAGACAGAAGCAUGCGCAGGAGGAAAAUUCCUCAAGGAAGAAGAAACAACGAUUUUGA